AUGACGCGCUUUCGCCCCUGCAUAGACCUACACGCCGGUAGCGUCAAGCAAAUUGUCGGCGGCACGCUCAACACCACGACCCCCGACGUACUAAAGACAAACUGGACCUCGGAACACCCCUCCGCCUUCUACGCCGACCUAUACAAACAACAUGGCUUGACAGGCGCACACGUCAUAAUGCUUGGUCCUGGAAACGACCAAGCAGCCCAAGAAGCAUUGGAGGCAUGGAAAGGCGGCAUGCAAGUCGGUGGUGGCAUCACAGAGAAGAAUGCAGCCGAAUGGAUCGAGAGAGGUGCUGAUAAGGUAAUCAUAACAUCGUACCUCUUCCCCUCCUCCACCUUCUCCAUGGACCGCCUGCAAGCCGUCCUACAAGCCCUCGGCAACGAUAAAACCAAACUCGUCAUCGACCUUUCGUGCCGAAGAAAAGACGACAAGUGGUUCGUCGCGACGAACAAGUGGCAGACUAUCACCAAUUUUGAGUUGAACCAAGAGUCGAUAACCCUCCUCGAACCGCACUGUUGUGAAUUCCUCAUUCAUGCCGCCGAUGUCGAAGGCUUACAACGCGGUAUCGACCACGAACUCGUUACCAAGCUGGCCGAGUGGUGCAGCAUACCCGUCACAUAUGCCGGUGGAGGUCGCUCCAUCGAGGACCUAGAACUGGUGAAGGAGCUGAGUAAAGGCAAAGUGGACCUGACCAUUGGCAGCGCAUUGGAUAUCUUUGGCGGAUCAGGCGUCAAAUUCCAAGACUGUGUAAAGUGGAACGCGGAGCAAGCAUAA